AUGAAACAAAUAUCGGCAGAUCGUAUUAAAGGAAGUAUUCUUGGUUCAUUAGUCGCAGAUUGCGCCGCUACACCGUUACACUGGGUGUACGAUGGAACAAUUGUCGCCAAAGCUGUUGGAAAACACAAAACUGAACCAGAAUUUCAUCCCGAUUAUAUAUCAAAAUAUUACCACCCCGAACCAGGUAGCUUGAGCACUUAUGGAGAAGAAAAUCUGGCGCUGUUAAAUUCAUUGGCCGGGGCAAACAAGUUCGAUAUAGAAAAUUAUAAACAAAAAAUACGUGAACUUUUUACAAAUCCAAAAUAUGAAAAGAAAGGUUCGGAAAGACCUGUUGGCUACCUAAACAAAUGUAUUCGUCACUUUUUGAGCACAAAUGGUUCAUCAACACCAGACGAUGAUCAAGCAAAUUGUUACGCAAAGAUUCCACCAUUAGUUUGUCUGUAUGCUGGUCAUCCUGAUUUUAUAAAAAUAAUUACAGAUUGUAUAAAAGUUACACAAUCAGACCAGAUUGCUCUUGAUUACGGUUUACUAGCAGCACGUUUAUUAGAAAAAAUACUUUUAUGUGAUGAUGAUAAUAUUAAUAUUGAAAAUAUUAUGCAAGAGCUAGCAAAAGAAGAUCAAUUAUUUUCAAAGACUUUAGAGCAAAUCGACAGUGUAACAGAAGAAAAUACGUUACACAAGUUAAUUCCAAUAUUAUCGAGCGAAGAUUCAAGUGCCAUACUUCAGCUUGGAAACAGUUGUCAUUUACCAGGAAAUUUCGAGUUAUCAACGUAUUUUAUUCGAUCAUUGGAAAAUAAUGACAAUUAUAAAUCCAGAAUUCGUCGAUGUAUUGUAGCAACUGGAGACAAUUGUUCUAGAAUAUUGUUUAUUGGAAGUUGUCUCGGUGCUAUAAAUGGACUCAAAGGAAUACCAGAUGAAUGGAUAAACAAGACAAAAGAUUAUAAACAAUAUGAGAAAUUGGCCGACAGUAUUGUUGAUGCUAGAAAACAGUUAAUUCAGAAGCUGAAUGGUUGA